AUGGCUGAGAAUAUCGCCGGAAGUCGGGCUUCCCUCUAUUAUCCCUUGUGUCCCUUUGGUUUACCCCAAGUCCUGCGCGGCAUCCGCAAGGGCAAGCGCGCCCGCCACGCCGUCUCCCCCGCGCUGUCCAACACGCACUGCCCCGCGCUCAAGGGCGUCUGCCUCCGUGUGGGUGUCGUGCGGCCCAAGAAGCCCAAUUCCGGAGAGCGCAAGACGGCGCGUGUCAAGCUCUCGUCGGGGGCCGUCGUCACGGCGUACAUCCCCGGCGAGGGGCACAACAUCCAGCAGCAUAGCGUGGUGCUCGUGAGGGGCGGCAGGGCGCAGGAUUGUCCUGGUGUGCGGUAUCAUUUGGUUAGAGGAGCUUUGGAUCUGGGCGGUGUUGCGAGUCGAACGACAAGUAGGAGUAAAUAUGGUACCAAGAAGCCCAAGAAGGCCACCGUGGGCUGA